AUGGCGGGCUCGGAUCUGAUCGAUUUUGAGGUCAUCGAGGGACACAAGGAGAACAUUCAAGCAUUACCGAGUGGACGAUCAGCAAGAGCUCUGGCAGCCCUGUACUCGCCGCCAUUGACGAGCGGAAACAGACAAACAUCCCUCUCCAACGAUGCACACGACGACGAGCGCAAAGACUACGAGGAUGAACUUGCCCUGAUUGACGAAGCAGACGACCCGCUCGACAUCUACGACCGCUACGUCAAGUGGACUCUCGACACAUAUCCCUCGGCACAAUCAACACCAGCAUCCCAACUGCUGCCUCUCCUCGAGCGCGCCACCAGAUCCUUCCUCUCCUCACCACAAUACAAGAACGACCCACGCUACUUGAAGCUAUGGCUACACUACAUCCGCUUCUUCUCAGAUGCCCCGCGCGAGACCUUUGUCUUCCUCAACCGUCACGGAAUCGCCGAGUCGCUCGCACUCUACUAUGAAGAAUUCGCUGCCUGGCUCGAGCAAGCUGGCAGGUGGACACAGGCAGAAGAAGUCUACAACAUGGGCAUUGAGAAGGGUGCCACACCUGUCGCACGUUUGACGAGGAAGUUCAACGAGUUCCAGCAACGCAACGCUGCUCGUCCUCAGGAUGUCGCUGAACCAACAAGUCCUGCUCUUCCGCCCGCUCGCGCCGUCUUGGGCGCAAAGGUCGAUCCUUUUGCCGCUGCCCUCGCAGCUACCACACCCCAACCAGCAGCCAAGUCUGCAGCAACCAAGAAGCCCAAGGCUGGAAAGAUGGCCAUCUUCACCGACGACUCACCACAAGAUCAAAGCGCUUUCGGCACUCCUGGAGAGAAGAACGGCUGGGACAGCAUCGAGUCGAUUCAUAAUAGAAAGAAGGAGAACGCCAUCGCCCCAAAGCCAAUGGCAGGAGAGACGCUGAAGACAGGAAAGACAAACACUGGUGUACAGAAGAUGGCUAUUUUCAGGGUAAGCAUUCCAUCCCCCAAUCCUCUUUUUACGUUCAAAAUAUUCACGAAUGCAGGACUAACGGGCUGGCGACGUUUUUGUGUAUUCCAGUCAUCUUCCACUGUUCGACGUGCAUACGAAUCAAGUAAACAUGCUUCUCAACGAGUCAUCAAUCUCAAGACUGGUAGACCUGAAUGUGUCUUUGUGAAUCUCGAAGCUGUCUAUCCUGACCCCAGCGACCCCUCCAUCGAAUUCUGCUUCGAAGAAUUGAGAGCUAAGCAUCGUGGUUGGCUAGAUCGUGACUGGGCUGCCGAAGGAAGGCAGGCGCAGUCGAUUAAUCAGACUCACGAAGGCGCGCAGGUCACCCAACAGCCGAAGGAGUCGAAGCGUGGAUUUGCGAUAUUCAGCGACACUCCUGCUUAUAAACAACCAGAACCGGAACGCCCGACAAGCCAACGAGGCUUCCAGAUCUUCCAAGACGACUCUGAAAACAAAUCGUCGCCCGCACAAUCAUCUCCCCUUACAAUCGACACUUCGCUCAAAGUCGUACCUGUCAAAGAUGAAAAUGAUGAGAACAGACCGCCAUCCAAGGCAGAUGUUGAGCUUGCAAAGAGAAUGCGACGAGAAGAGCGUGCUAACCGAACACGCAAGAUCAAGGUUAUGGAUGUUGAACAUGUACAGAAGGAGACUCAGACCAUCAAACUUAAUAUGGACUCGCCCUCUGGAAAGAAACUACGGAAGAAAAAGGUUGCGGAACCCACAAUGACUAUCAACACGAAAGAAGCCAUGGACGAGAUUUAUGGCAUCUUCAGUCAACCUGUUGCGACUGCUGCAGAAGAGGAGACCGAAGAGUCGGAGAGCGAGGAAGAUAGUGAUGAUGACAGUGACGACGAAUACAGCAGCGAUGGCGAAGACACUACCACUGGCCAUGUCUCGGGAGCAGGAAGCGAUUAUGGCGACGAAACACGACGAGAGAUACUCGCAUCGCAACAAUCAUCCAAGGAAGAGACAACACACGAUACCGAAGACCAAGACGAUGAUGAUGAAGACAAGACGAAUGUCAGUGCCUGGUCGGACUAUGAUGAAAGCAAGGCUGUCACCGAAACUGCUGCAACCUCUGCACACUCUUCACACAACGAUGAGCUGUCAACACCGAUAGAUGAAAUGCCCGGUCCGCUACUUGGAGAGAACGGUGAGCAAAAGAUGAAGUAUGUUCCGAUACCGCCCGAGGGUUACGAGCCUGUAAGGUCGCAAUAUCGAGAUCCUGUCAUCGUGGCUCAAAACCGUCUCCCAUUCAUGACACCCAUUGUCGAGCACACCGAGUCUUCGAUUGGUGCUGCCACUAUCCGCGCCGAGCUAGAGAAAGGUUUCGCAGCCAAGACACCAUCGAGACAGAACCACGGCAAUGCAGACAUCGAAGAGGAAGACGAGGAAGAAGAAGAGGACGAAGACAGUCUCAUGAGCAGUCCCUUCCAAGUCCUUAGCGGCGCAGAUCUGGAGAACAAACGCAAGAUCCUACAGCCCAUUCGCACAAAAACGACAAAGGGCAUAGUAUCCCUCAGCGAAGACGUUGCAGGUGCUGCCAAACCCAAGCCUCUUGCGCUGCGUCCAGCAACGAAUGCAGAACCCAUCAACAAAGGUCCCAUCAUCAAGGACCCUCAGAUCAACCCUGUAGAUCCGGAGAUCCGACAGACUAUCUUGUCACAGAUCCAUCCGCCAUUGAACUCGUACGAAGGAUACUACGAGCACAAGAAUAUUCAACACGCACGCACACCAGAUAUCCGCAAAUACUCAAAAGCAGUAGGCAAAGGCAAGACCGCAACAGAGAAGAGCAGUGCUUCACUACCACCUGCCCCUGUUCUUGCGUUCGAAAACUCGUUCAGCAAGUUUACUUUGAGACGCGAACUGGGGGCCGGUGCCUUUGCACCAGUCUACUUGAUUGAGAACCACAAUCCCUCGUCUUUCCCUGAGGAUGUCGCCAACGACGAAAAUGACGAAAAUGCAUCUGUGAUGGGUCAAGGCGCUUUCUCAGCAAUCCGCCGCCAUCCACUAGAAGCCCUGAAGAUGGAAGAUCCUCCUUCUGCCUGGGAAUUCUACAUGCUGCGUCAAGUGCAUCGUCGCUUGGGUGUCUCGCGCGCAACCGAAUCCGUCAUCCACGCCUACGAGAUGCACAUUUUCCGCGACGAAGGCUUUUUGAUCGAAGAGUUCAGAGGUCAAGGCACACUUCUCGAUCUCAUCAAUGUGGCUAGAGCAGAAGCAGGAGGCACACUCGAUGAAGCGCUUGCUAUGUUCUUCGCUGUGGAGUUGAUUCGCACGGUGGAGGCUUUACACACCAAAGGCCUUAUACAUGGUGACUUGAAAGGCGAUAAUGUCCUCGUUCGUCUCGACGAAUGUUCUCAAUGGUCAUCAACGUACGAUCCUUCUGGCAGCUCUGGCUGGAAGAGCAAAGGUAUCUCGCUCAUCGACUUUGGCCGUGGUAUCGACAUGCGAGUGUUCGCUCCACACGUCCAGUUUGUAGCCGACUGGGAGACUUCAUCAGCAGACUGUGCAGAGAUGCGCGAGCUUCGCCCAUGGACCUAUCAAGUCGAUUACCACGGUCUCGCUGGCCUUCUCCACAGUCUUCUAUUCGGCAAAUACAUGUCCACGAUCGCCGAAAAAGGUCAAGGCAUCGGUGUGAGCGCCACCAAACACUAUAAAAUCAAAGAAGGACUGAAAAGAUAUUGGCAGCAAGAGAUUUGGGGUGAGGCAUUUGAGAUGCUGUUGAAUCCGAUCAUGUUUGUGCAGAAUGAGGAGGAGCAGAGGAUGCCGUUGUGUAGAGGGCUCAAGGGGUUGAGAGAGAAGAUGGAGGCGUGGUUGGUGGGUAAUUGUGAUAAAGGUGUUGGACUCAAGACGAUGGUUAGGAAGAUGGAGGAGGCUGUCAAGGCGAGGAAGAGAUAG